GGGGAGCAGUUAAUUAGUGUUAGGCUAACUUUAAGUUUCCACUUUAAAACGUAUAUGCAACAUGCAUUUGGGUCACUUAGUUCUGGGAAGUUUUAUAUUCCAGUUAAAAAAAAAUACAAUACAUAUUAUGUAUUAACAUAUUGGAAUUACGUUUCCAAGUACCUUACUGUGAUAUUGUUCAACUUCAUCUGGUUAACCAUUACAUUUGCAUAUCGACCCGAUAGCCAAUCGUAUUAUGCUCCACUAUCCUUGGCUGACAUUUACCAUUACAUCAGGCCUUUCUGCAUUACGAAUGACAUCUGACAUUUGGAUAGCGUCGCAUCUGUAAUAUUUAUGCACGUAAUGCGCGCGCUGCGAAUGUAUCUUUGUAUCUCGCAGAUGCCAUUACAUUUACGAGCAUGCCGCAUGACAAAGAAGCUUUUUCCUGUCUGUCUGUCCUUCAUCGUCAAAAUCUUGAUAAAUUUCUAGACAAACAGCUUUAAGCUAGAAGCAAAAUAUGAUUCUUUGCAUUUUAAUCUGUGACCAAAAGAACUUUUUGUGGCAAUGAUAAGUGAUGGUAAGAAUAAAUUUAACACGAAGUCAUAUAAUGUUUUUAUAUAUUUUAAUAUUUUUCGGUGUUGUUUACCAAUUAAAUUAAAUUACGCACGUUAAUAGCCCUAAUGUAAACAUUUUCUUUCAUAAUCAUAAUCAUAGUCAUAAUUAUUAUUCCAUUAAAACGAAAUAUUUCUGAUCGAUAAAUUUUGAAAUCCAAUUUUGUGUACCAUAAAUUUUGCCCGUGGCUAAUAGAUUUCAGUUCGUCAGAGUCUAUCGAUAUAACAUGAUGUGCACGAAGCUAACUUUAGUAUUUUCUUUACUGGUGCUCAUGUUAAUGGUAAAAGAGAUAACACCCCGAGUGGAGUUUACGAACUUUAAGUGUAGGUCAGUGAACAAAGAUUUUGCGGAAUUUACGCAAUGCACUCUGAAAUCGAUAAAUCGAACAUAUAAAUAUAUUUCGGGAAGGGUAACCCUGUAUAAACUGCCAAUUACCAAAGCACGGGUCAACUUUGGAUUGUACAAAAGGUUUAAUGGUUACAGGCCGUUUUUAUACAAUCAAACUAUAGAUGCUUGCCAUUUUUUCAAACAUCAAAAGGCAAAUCCCGUAGCAAAGUAUUUCUUUGACAUGAUUAAGGAGUUUUCCAACUUAAACCACUCCUGUCCAUAUAAUAGCGAUAUUAUUGUGGAAAAACUUUCCACCGAUACGGUUAAUCACCAUGUUACGAAAAUUCUCCCUUACCCGGAAGGUGAUUACAUGUUAGAGACUCAUUGGAUGUUAAAUGAUAUUUUUUCCGCAGUAAUUCAAGUGUAUCUAACUCUGUUCUAA